AUGUCAGUAGAAGCACUGAAGGGGUCUUUUAAAAAAUUAAUCCUGGAAAAAAACAUUUGUUUUCUGUGUAAAAUUGCGUGUUUCUUCUAUGUUCAAAUCAUUUUAUUCCUUACAGGUUUUCACAGAGAUGGCUCUUUGACGCAUGACAUAUUCCAAAGACAGAGGGUAGUACCGGAAAGAGACAGAAGAAAUGCAGAAUGGCAUGGUCUGGAAACAUAUGCAGAUGAACUGAGAAAUCUAAAUGAUCCAAGCCUUCACCACACAGCUGAGGGCAAGGGAUCGUGUUCCACUUGGGGCAAUGGGCAUUUCUCAACCUUUGACAACUACCUGUAUGAUUUCUCUGGGACCUGCAACUACAUUUUUGCCACUGUGUGUGAUGAAAUCUCCCCGGACUUCAACAUCCAGUUCCGACGUGGUCCAAACAACAAAAUUGCAAGAAUCAUAAUUGAACUGGAAGCCACAGUUAUCAUGAUUGAAAAUGGUGUCAUAUCAGUCAAAGACGUUGGUAUAAUCAGAUUGCCAUAUACCAGGAAUGGAAUUCAGAUUACACCUUUUGGAUGCAUCACUCGCCUAGUAGCCAAGCUGAUGGAAAUUGAUCUGGCUGUUUUCUGGGACAACAAUGACUACCUUAUGGUUUUGAUUGAGGAAAAAUACAUGGGAAGAACAUGUGGACUUUGUGGGAACUUUGAUGGGCAAGAAUUAAAUGAGUUUCUGAAUGAAGGUCAGCUCCUAGAUCCACAAGAGUAUGUUGCUUUACAAAAACUUGAUGAUCCAACAGAGAUCUGUCCAUUUGAGGAAAUGGUAACUCCUAAUGUUCCUCACAAGAAAUAUGCCAGGAUCUGCUCCCAACUUCUGAGUGUUGUGUCUCCAUCUUGCAAUAUCACAAAGAAAGGCUUUGUCAUCCGUUGCCAGCUUGACAUGCAAAGCUGCAGAGAUCCAGGGCAGAAAAACUGUGUUUGUGCAACUCUUUCUGAAUAUUCCCGGCAGUGUGCCAUGUCCCAUCAGGAAGUGUCUGAUUGGAGGAAUGCUGAUUUCUGCUCUCUGGGAAAAUGUCCAGCUAACAAAAUCUACAAAGAAUGUGGGUCUCCCUGUCUCAGAACAUGUUCUAAUCCAGAAUACACUUGUUCCAGCUACUGUACAUAUGGCUGUUUCUGUCCAGAAGGUACUGUUUUGGAUGAUAUUUCAAGAAAUAGAACAUGUGUUCCUGUUGAACAGUGUCCAUGUACACUAAAUGGAAAAAAAUAUGCUCCUGGUGAAGUCAUGGAAGCAGUAUGUAGAAGCUGUAAAUGCUCAAUGGGCCAGUGGAGCUGUACAGAACUACCAUGUCCUGGCAGAUGUUCAUUGGAAGGAGGUUCCUUUGUCACCACUUUUGAUUCCAGACCAUAUCGCUUUCAUGGAGUUUGCACUUACAUUAUUAUGAAGAGCCCCAUGUUACCACAUAAUGGAACACUGAUGGCUGUGUAUGAGAAGUCUGGAUAUUCCAGUUCAGAGACAUCCCUGACAGCUAUCAUUUACGUCUCAGGAAAUGACAAAAUUGUGAUUUCUAAAAAUGAAAUUUUAAUAGAUGAUAAAGAAAUUAAGUGGCUGCCUUAUAAAUCAGGGGACAUCACCAUCUUCAGGCAGUCAUCUACUCACAUUCAAAUGGUCACUCCCUUUGGACUGGAAAUUGUUUUUCAAAUUUUCCCACUAUUUCAAGCUUUUGUUAAAGCUGAACUGCACUUUAGAGGCAACACAAGAGGGCUGUGUGGUAACUACAACGGAGAAACAGCGGAUGACUUUAUGACAAGCAUGGAUAUUAUUGAAGGAACAGCACCACUUUUUGUGGAUUCUUGGAGGGCGGGACAUUGUUCCCCUGCCAUUGAAAGAGACACAGAUCCUUGUUCUAUGAGCCAGUUAAAUAAAAUGUGUGCAGAAACCCACUGCUCCGUUCUUACAAAGAAGGAUACAAUAUUUGCAAAAUGUCAUAUCGCUGUGAAUCCUAUUCCAUUUUACAAGAGAUGUGUCUACCAAGCCUGUAACUAUGAAGAGACUUUUCCAUACAUUUGCUCUGCCCUGGCAUCAUACGCUCACGCAUGUGCUUCAAUGGGACUGCUUCUUGGGAACUGGCGGAGUACUGUAGACAACUGUACCAUUGCAUGUACUGGUAAUCAGACAUUCAGCUACAACACUCAAGCUUGUGAUCGGACAUGUCUGUCCCUUUCCAAUCGAGAAUUAGAGUGCCAUUCUGCUGACAUCCCCAUUGAUGGCUGCAAUUGUCCCAAAGGAACUUACCUGAACUACAGAAAUCAGUGUGUCCGUAAAUCCCAGUGUCCUUGCUACUUGAAAGACAGGAAGUUUAUUCAGGCAGACCAGUCAACCAUAAUCGGUGGAAUCACCUGCUACUGCAUUAAUGGGAAUCUGAGUUGUACUGGCAGACCUAUAGAUCCUGAAGAAAACUGCAGGCCCCCCAAAAAAUACAUUUCAUGUUCCUCCAACUCAGGAAGCAAGUACGGAGCUGCAUGUGCACCAACUUGCCAAAUGCUGGCUACUGGAAUUCAAUGUGUCCCCAGCAAAUGUGAGUCAGGGUGUGUUUGUGAUGCCGGACUAUAUGAGAAACUGGAUGGUACAUGUGUACCACCUGAUGAGUGCCCUUGUGAAUAUGGUGGCAUCUCAUAUGAAAAAGGAGAACAAAUUCAGACUGAAUGCAAGACCUGCACCUGUGCCAGAGGAAAAUGGAAAUGUAUCCAAAAUACCAAAUGCUCAUCAACAUGCAGUCUCUAUGGGGAAGGGCAUAUCAACACAUUUGAUGGACAGCGAUUUGUAUUUGAUGGCAACUGUGAAUACAUUUUAGCUAUGGAUGGCUGUGGCAUGGGUGGCUCUCCCCACACUUUUAAAAUAGUGACUGAGAAUGUUGUCUGUGGAAACACUGGAAUCACCUGUACCAGGGCAUUCAAGAUUCACCUUGGGAAUUUGACUAUCACUUUGGCAGAUAGAACAUACACUGUGUCUGGUUGGAAUCCUCAAACGGAGUUUUUCAUAGAAGAAAAUGCCCUCUUCCUGUAUACUGAGAUCACAAUAACUGACAAAUAUGAUAUAAUCCUUGUCUGGAACAGACACAUGAACUUAUUCAUCAAAAUUUCCAGAGAAACAAAGGAUAACCUCUGUGGUCUAUGUGGUAAUUACAAUGGAAAUAUACGAGAUGAUUUUGAAACCCGAACUCGAUAUGUGGCAUCCAAUGAGCUGGAAUUUGUGAAUUCCUGGAAGGAGAACCCAUUGUGUGGAGAUGUCUUCUUUGUGGCUGACCCAUGCAACAGGAAUCCUUAUCGCAAAGCCUGGGCAGAGAAAAAGUGCUCUAUUAUCAACAGUCAAGUAUUUGCUGCCUGCCACAGUAAGGUACACCGGAUGCCAUAUUAUGAAGCUUGUGUCCGUGAUUCAUGUGGAUGUGACACUGGAGGAGAUUGUGAAUGCAUGUGCGAUGCCAUUGCAGUGUAUGCAAAAGCUUGCUUAGAUGUUGGCGUAUGCAUUGAUUGGAGAACCCCUGACUUCUGUCCUGUUUAUUGUGACUACUUCAACUCCCAUAAGAAGAGUGGCAUGGUUGGCACCUAUUAUUAUUACGUUAAUGAAUUAAAUUGCACCUGGCAUUAUCGGCCCUGUAAAUGUCUAAACAUGUCAACAUCAGUAGGUGUCAAUAUUGAAGGAUGUUACAACUGCUCAGGGGAUGAAUACUAUAAUCCUAAAACAAAGUCCUGUGUGCCCUGUGGUAUUACACCACCAACACCCACACCAACAUUGACACCGACACCAACAGGUGAGUACAAUGUUUUCAAAUGUACGCUAAAAUUGCAUGAUACCUUUUAGCUUACGAGUCCUAGUUUUAGUCUUACAUGAAUGAGAUGGAUAGGUCUGAUCAUAGAAGGCUUUUGAUACAGUAAAAAAAAAAGUCCCAAAUAUGAAGAUUUUUUUCCCCUAAUUCUUCUCGC